GGGCACCGGAUCCCUGUCCUUCGGGAAGUGACGCCUUCAUCGUUCAGGAGCCACCCUGAGCAGCUAGCACCGCACAGACUGCAGACCGGGAUCUUUGCUGCAAACAAUGUGCUUAUUUGCACAAUCAUGAUGACUGCGGAUUUACUGUGUUAAAUGAAAAUUGCUAACAAUUCAGUGGAUGCUUACCGUACAGAAUGUUCUGAGCACCAUUAAAUGCUUUUCAACACAUUGUUGGCAAAACUCUGACCCUACCGUGAAGAAAUUUGGCAAAAUGACUAGCGUGUUUGUGUACGGCACUCUCAAGCAAGGCCAGCCCAACCACCACUACAUGAUCAGUGGAAAUAAGGGGAGGGGGAGGUCUUGCGGCAGUGGCGUUACAGUUGAAAAGUAUCCGCUAGUCGUCGCAGGAAAAUUUAAUAUCCCCUUUUUGCUGAACGAACCAGGAUCGGGACAUCAUGUCACUGGGGAUAUUUACACCGUUGAUUCUCAACUGCUGCAAUUCUUAGAUGAAUUUGAAGGUUGCCCAGAAAUGUACCAGCGCAAGCAGGUGAAGAUCCGCACGGUGGAGUGGAAAGCUACGGACAAGAGGCUGUGCGUUCAGCCCGAUGCCGAUGGAAUGCUCCCGUGCUUUGUGUACUGCACCAGUACAUAUGACAGAGAGUGGUUAAAGCUUCCUUUCCACAGCACCUAUGAUGCCUUCGGGAAGUUAGGGCAGCCAAAAUACGUCAUACGUGACUGUAGGUAAAUAGAAGCGCUAUUGAAGAUGAUGGCUCGACAUGUUAGAUUUUCAAUCUUGAUUCAUUUAUACAAAUAAUUCUGUCAAUUAUGUCUCAAGUUUAUUAAAUUUUAUUCCACACCAAA